AUGGACACUGGUAAGGGUAAACAUUUCCAUUGUGACGUGUGUUCCAGUGAUUGCACAAACAGAGUACGAAUCCAGUGUGCUAUAUGUGCGGACUAUGAUCUAUGUGUGCCUUGUUUCACUUCUGGUCAAGCAACUGGAGAUCAUAAACCAUGGCACGACUAUCAUGUAAUUGAGCAAAACACCUACCCCAUAUUUGAUGCGGAAUGGGGUGCAGACGAAGAACUAUUACUCAUACAAGGAUGUGAAAACUUUGGAUUGGGUAAUUGGCAAGACAUUGCGGACCACAUAGGGAACCGGUCAAAAGAAGAGGUGGCAAAACACUAUUUUGACGUCUACCUCAAUUCACCAACCUAUCCAUUGCCAGAUAUGGAUAAUCAUUCGUUUGAUAACAUAACGCCCUUAGAAUUCAUGAAACAACGAAAGGUCAGAUUGGAGGAAAGGCGAAACAUGCCCUUACCACCCCCAAAGGCCAAACCCGUUGCAUCUGUCCCCUUAUGUCACGAGAUUCAAGGAUAUAUGCCUGGCCGUUUAGAAUUCGACUAUGAGGCAGAAAAUGACGCAGAGAUUCCAGUGAAAGACCUUAUUUUCGAUCCUGACGAUCUGAUGGCUGAUAUUGAGUUAAAGUUGACAAUCUUGGAUAUUUAUAAUUCGAGGUUGACCACCAGAGCAGAACGUAAAAGAGUCCUCAUUUUGAACAACUUGUUGGAAUAUAGGAAGAACAUCAGUAUCGAUAAAAGAAAAUCCAAGGAAGAAAAAGAACUUCUUCGAAAAAUCAAUGCCUUCAUAAGGAUUCUCUCUCCUGAAGACUUCAAUUCGUUCUCCAAUGACAUGCUUAACGAGUUGAGAUGCAGAAUGAGAAUACAACAAUUACAAAACUGGCGUCGUCAUGGUAUCACCACCAUCGAAGACGGUAACAAGUUCGAGAAAGACAAGUUGAUUAGAGCCGCGCAUUACCAAAGAAUGGGACAUGGUCCACUUGGUGCAAGACACUCAAAUUCAGCUACACCUGGCGCAUCCGGAAUGGGUUCAGGGCUCAGUUCAGGGGCAUUGGCUGCAGGCGGUGGAUCGAUGGGAAUGAACGGACAUCGGAAAGCGUACUCCUCGCCACAACCAGAGUUCAAACCCAAGAUUGGUAAUGCUCGGGCACCACUCGACAUUCUGCAUGCUGCUGAUUUUGAUUUGUUGUCGAAUGAAGAGAAGCAGUUAUGUGCCACUCUCCGCAUUUUGCCUAAGCCGUACUUAGCAAUUAAGAACCAGUUGAUGAAAGAAGCGGUCAAGAACAACGGUAUUUUGAAGAAGAAAGACGCGAGACAGGCAUUGAAAAUUGACGUCAAUAAGGCAUCCAAAAUCUACGAGUUUUUUGUGCAAAUGGGAUGGUGUUCCCAGGGUUGA